UGCGGAAGAAGUAAAUUAGACACGUUAAGUUCACACGGAGUCUAGUUUAAAAGUACAUUAAAAAAACAUAAAGCAAACAUUUCAGUCCUAGGAGCAGAACAAACUGGGGAUUUGUGGUUGUCGCCCUUCAUUGCUUGAUUUUUUUUGCGGACUGUCAUUCGGCUGCAAUGGCAUACAACGAGUCAAUGGCUGUAGUGAAUGGAAGUCAGGUUUCCUGCAUUGGACAUGAUUGGGAAGAUAUUCCAGAUUUUCUCGGAGGGAAAUAUGGAGAAUUGGCAAGAAGAUUAGAUCUCAGCUUCAAUUGUUUAAGGUCACUGGCAGGCCUGAAAGCGUUCACCCAACUGGAAGAGCUGAUUGUGGACAACAAUCUUCUCGGAAAUGACCUCCGGUUGCCUGGGUUACCGCAGCUCCAUACCCUGACUCUCAAUAAGAACCAAAUCACCGACAUCGAGGGUUUGCUGGAGCAUUUGGUGGAAGUGACGCCAGCCCUGGAAUACCUGAGCCUUCUGGGAAAUGAGGCUUGCCCCAACCAGCUGGUCAGCAUGGAUAAAGACGAGGACGAUUACCAGAGAUACAGGUACUUUGUACUACAUAAGCUGACAAAUCUGAAGUUUCUGGACACCAGAAGAGUGACCCAGUCGGAGCGGUUAGAGGCUGAAGCACGUGGAGCUUUCAUGAAGGUGGUCAAGCCGAAAAAUGACCAAGAUGGCGGCAGUGAUCCGAAGUGUGAAUCCACCAGCACACUGUACACCCCUCUACCACGGGGAUCCAGAGAUGCCAGAAACCACAAAGGGGUUUUCACCAAGUGCCGUUAUGUCUACUACGGCAAGCACUCAGAGGGCAAUCGAUUCAUCCGCAAUGACCAGCUCUGACUGACAGACGGGUCAAUGGACAGACACACGUGGGGGCUUUAAAAAGAUAUCCGCUGCAUAUUAUUAUAAAUAUACAUGUUGCCACAUUUUAAGUAGCCAAACACAGCCCUCUAGUGCCGUCUGCUGAGUGUACCUUCCCUGCCACCUCCCAUCUCUCUCGCUCCGUCUGAGUGCUGCCAUCCACAUUGACAUGAUUGCCUUUAAGCAGCCCCGCUAUUCCGCGGUGACAGACACACACCAAGUGCUCGUCCUGACAGCUGCCGCUCCAUGAUGGAUUGCCUGGUCCAACUGCUGCUCUCCCUGGGUCAAAGGUCCCACCUGAGGCUGCAGUCUGCCCACAUGGAGGCACAGGAUGAGCUCCUUUCAAAGUCAAAGCUAAAGUUAAAGAGAAACAUUGGGAGAAACUGUGGCUUUUGCUUUAGUUUUACACUUUAUCCAUUGUUAAAAGAUAAUCUUAAUACUUUACUGGCCCCAAAAAGUAUUUGGACACUUAUAAAUGAAUUUGCAUUGCAUUAUAAAUUAUAAUUGUAUUUAAAAAUAUAAUUGGAGCCUUUGCAUUAUAUAGCCAAAUAUCUCAACCAGGUGGCAAAUAUUUGAAUGAAAUAUAGCACAAACACUCUUUUUUUAAGCAAACCAUUUGUCAAAAAAAGGUUUUGAUAAUAAAACAAUAUAGAUAUUGUUUCAAAUUGAUAUUUUGAUAAAUAAUCAAUAAAACAUAAUUUGAUAAUUAUUUAUACUUUUCUUUUGCUUUGCCAAACUUAAUGGAACAUAUGCAUAAUGUGAUGAACUACACCUGGGUUACUCUGCUAGGACACCUGUGUGAACUUGAGGGGAACACAUCCACUCAAAAUAAGCUGGAGAACAGUUUGUCAUAUUUAUUUGUAAACAUGUCUAGAAAAAAUUUCGAUACAGAUGUUAGAAGAGGAAAAAGUUAGAAAAGGGUUGAAGUUAGAUUUUUUUUUUAUCUCAUCUGAUAAAAAAUUAUACCAUUUUAAAUGUAAGUUAAUUUUGUUCUUUUAUUUUACAGGCAUGCUUAAACGAUUAGAAUCUCUAUUGACUGUUUUCAGUGAUUGUUUUCCGAAAUGUAGCUGAGAGGCACUUCCAGGCUCUGUGCCAUGUGUGCUGUAUGUUUGCAUGUGUGUGAGGUGCAUGUCGUGUGUGAAGUUUGUGUGUUGCGGGGGCAGUUGUUGCUGUGCAGGAGCCUGGAGGAGCUGUGAAAGAGAGAGGUAAUGAGCUUUGCUUUAUUUCAUUCUUUCUCUGGAAGAAGAGAGCACAGAAAGACAGCAGCUAUGCCAGUGGAAUGGAGGAGGACGACGACGUGUGUAGUGUUUGUAUCGGGAGAGUCAACAACUUUCUCCUCUCUUUUUGAUUGUUUCCUCGUGAUUUUGGACCUCUUUUUUUUUUUUCAGAAAACAUAUAUACAAACAGGGUUUACAAAAGUGCAUGUAAUAAACAGUGUAUUAUAUACUGGAAUUAUUGUAUAUGUAGUAUUGCAUUCUAAUUGAUCAUGAAACAUUGAUUCUGUUGUUGAUUAAAUGUCUUAAUGAAGCAUUAAAGUGAUU